AUGUGGGCGUACCUGUUACUUUCAGAUAUUUCGGCCAAAUGGGUUUGCCUUGGAAUAGAAGGAGUAGCGUGGAUUGUGGACACAAAGGGCUGCAUUUGGUUCACUAACGUUGCUAGCGAAAAUCCAACGGGUGGCACGUGGUAUCAGGUCUCUCUCGGCCAAUACUUGAUGCAAAACCGCAGCUUACUUGAGACGCUUUGGUCCUGGGUUCUACGAGAUGACGUCAAACUUUUGACCGCCAGCCCUAAAGCAGGAGUCUGGUUGUUAGGGAGUGUAGGCUCUCUACAGGCCUCGCACGGUCACUUGCUAGGGGCUCGUUGGGAUCCUGUGACACCACAAGGAAUUGCUCAGUCUGUGUCCUGGUCCCAUAUGUCUGCAGGCUCAAGCAAAGGGGACAAAGGUCACGUGUGGGCUUUACAACCCAAUGGGGAGCUUAUUUGCUUGCAGUUGGGGAACCGCCCUGUAACUGUCGAACCACCUCGAGGCAAAGUUUUAAAACUAAUUUCUGCGUCGGGUUCUAGCCUUUGGGCCAUAACGCACAACUUCAAAGUCGUACAACGCUCAGGAAUUUCGGACGCAUAUCCGCAAGGGGUUAGCUGGGUGGACGUGAGACUAUCUCAGUUCGGUAUUGGUAAAGUUUACCACCUCAGCUGCGGUGCACUGAGCACCUGGGCCGUUGAUGACGCUGGAAAAAUCUUUCUACGGAUAGGCAAGGAGGACUCUUCGGACCCAUCUGUCACUCAGGCGUGGAUCCCAGUUGAAGGCGCUUCUCUACCUGGCUGUCGAUUUGCUAAAAUUGCUGUAAGCCCGUCCGAUCGCGUGGUCUGGGCAGUGGACGAUCGGAACAAUGUUUACGCUCGCCAAGAUGUCACACCAAGCUUCCCUAUAGGCACCAGGUGGGAGGUUGUUCCUGGCACGGGUGUGCGAGACUUGGCCAUCAGUGAACACAUGGUCUGGGCGAUUUGUCCCAACGGGGACAUCGUGUGUCGGUACGGGGUCAGCAAAGACAACUGCUUGGGUCACUACUGGAAGAAAGUCCCUGGGAAUUUUGAACUUAUCUCCGUGACUCCCGAUGAUGAACUCUGGGCCAUCGAUCAGAACGGCCAGCUGUUUCUGCGCAAAACGCAGCAUUUUUAUGGUACCCAGUCUCCGUUUAGGCCUCGAACAUACAGCGCUAUAUUUUCUGGUGAAGAGGACUGGGAGUUUAUAUAG